UUUGCCCUCCCGCUACACGACCCGGAUCAGUCCUGCGGAGGACUCUCGGGACUUGCUUCACUUUCCUUCCACCAGGAGACAGACACAGAGAAAGAGAGAGAGAGACGGAGAGAGAGACGGAGAGACAGAGAGAGAGAGAGCGAGAGGAUCUGAGCUGGAGUUCGGUUGCGCUGCGAUGGAAUAAGCCGCUGCAGGAAGAACUCCUGGGAACUCAUGGGGAUCACUUUCUCUUCCUGGUCGCUCCGCUGCAGCUCGCUCAUGGAUGGAUAACGGGACUGUCUGAAUCCGGCUCGCAUGGAUCAGCGGGAGCCGGGAUUACUCCGCGCACUGGCAGCCUGUUGAACGCCCACACACGGGCCCAUCACGCACCAUCUGCCUCGCAAUAAACACUCUCCCGUGACGGCACCAUCCGUGGAAGCAGGGCAGAAGUUUGACCUAUGACCCCGCUGUGAGUUGGGGCCGUUUUACGCGCAGCCGGAACCAUGGACCCCGCCGGCGCACGGCUGGCACAGCGGGUCUGCAGGUCCGCCUGCACCCUGGGCUUCUUGCUGCUGCUCCUGGGCUUCCUCUCCGGGGCGGCUCCGUCCCACGGCCGGCGGCUGAUCUGCUGGCAGGCCAUCAUGAACUGCCAGGCCGAGCCCGAGUGCAACUACGCGUACGAGCACUACGCGCGCGCCUGCGGGCCCGUGCUGCUGGGCGAGCGGAGGAAGUGUCCGAGCCACUGCAUCUCCUCGCUGGUGCAGCUCAACCUGACCCGGAACGGCCCGGCCCUGGAGGACUGCAGCUGCGCGCACGACGCGGUGUGCACCGGCACCAAGCGGGCCAUCGAGCCGUGCCUGCCCCGGACCACCAGCACCGGCUGCACGGAGGCCCGGCGCCAGUGCGAGCGGGACCAGCAGUGCAGCUCGGCCAUGCACGACUACCUGAACCACUGCGGGAAGCUGUUCAGCGGGGCCGUGUGCACCAACGCGUGCCGGAACGUGAUCGCGAACAUGCGUAAAAUACCCAAAGGUCAGCAGCUGGACACGUGCAUGUGCGACGGCACGGAGCGGGCCAUCUGCGAGUUCGUGAAGAGCAGCAUGAAGGCGCUGUGCUUCGACUCGGUGCAGCCGGUGGACCGGUUCGAGGCCAGCGCGUACGAGGGAGUGGACCAGGAGGACUAUGACGACUUGGAUCAUGACUACCCGGAGGAGCUGGAGAGCCGGAGAGCCGCUGCGCCGCCGACGCACGGCUCGGCUGUGACCCUGCUGGUCUCCAUCUUGGCUCUGCUGGCCCUCGUUUGAUCCCCGGGUUCACAAUCUGCCCCCUGACUAUUGUUUGGAUGAAAGGGUUCGACCUGAACUUUCUGUCACUCGCUGACCUUCUUGCUGGAGCCGCACAGACCCGGGGCGCAGCAGGGGGCCUCGGUUGGAUUCCAGACGCUGAAGGAUCUGGAAUCAGGAUCUUUUUCUAUGCAACUGAAAGCAGAGAAGGUAUUUCUGAGAGGUGUGGGAGCUCCCUGGCUCCCUUAUCGCCACCACGCCGCUCCUCUGCCCUCCAGAUGCUUUGCUUAUAUUUGAUAAGCUAAACUGGACGGUCGACUCUCUCACAGUCGGACUGAUGGUCCAGUUGUCAUGGUAGAGACACGGUUGGGUUUGUUUUUGGAAACAAUGCAACAUGUAAUCAGUAUAUGCUGUGCACUGCCAAUCUUUUUUUAGUUUUCAAAGAUAUGAACUAUUUUUGUAUGAUAGGCUGUGGCCGUUGUUUGGCCCCAGGUUUUAUCUGAUCCACGAGUAUUUAAUGCUGGAGUCUAUGAACUUAUGUAAAUAGAUUAGGAGUUAAAGUGAAACAGUAAUUUAUUACAGGCCUCCUAGUUGCAUCCAAAUGUCCAUCAUGUGAAUAAAACAGACUGAGAAUUCCAGCUUUAAAGGGAAGUUAUAUUUGACUGUAUUCUCUUCAAAGAUAAUGUACAUUGUAUAUAUGUUUAUAGCCUAUAUAGAUUUUUUUUCCAGAGAAUCCUCUAUGUUUUAGGCUACGAGAUGAUUUAUUCACUGUGUAUAGCCUAGAGAAAGAAAAUGUCUAAAUCCACUGUAUGAUCGCCUCAUUGAUAUACUUUUAUAGAAGGCAUAAAGAAACUUGAAGAUAA